GGGGGGGGAAAGGCUGGGUGCUCGGGGUGCCACCGGGAAUUUCACCCCGGACAGCCUUGCGGUGGCCGUCCCGGGUGGUGGUGGGGACACCGAGGUCCCGCUGCCGGAGAGACUGGGUGUCCCCGUCCCACCUGGGGCUGGGCAGGGGUGUCCCUGGGCCCGGGUCGCCCAGUCCCGCGUGUCCCAGUUUCCAGUGUCCCUGUCCCAGGGAUCCCUGUCCCAGGAGUCCCUGUUCCCGGUGUGUGUGUCCCUACCCCAGGUGUCCCAGGUUUCCCAUUCCCAUAGAUCCCAGUCCCAGCUUUCCCAUUCCCAUAGAUCCUAGUCCUAAGUGUCCCUGUCCCAUAUGUUCCAAUCCCAGGUGUCCCUGUCCCAUAUAUCUCAGUUCCAUAUGUCCCUCUCCCAAGUGUCCACUCCCAGGUUUCCCAAUCCCAUAUGUCCCAGUCCCAGGUGACCCACAGGUCCCUAUCCCAGGUGUCUCAGUCCCAGAUGUCCCAGUCCCAGGUUUCCCAGCCCCAUAUGUCCCAGUCCCAGGUUUCCCAGUCCCACUUGUCCCUGUUCCCAGUGUCCCAGUCUGAGGUGACCCAGUCCCAUAUGUCCCAGUCCCAGGUUUCCCAGUCCCACUUGUCCCUGUUCCCAGUGUCCCAGUCCCAGGUUUCCCAGCCCCAUAUGUCCCAGUCCCAGGUUUCCCAGUCCCACUUGUCCCUGUUCCCAGUGUCCCAGUCUGAGGUGACCCAGUCCCAUAUGUCCCAGUCCCAGGUUUCCCAGUCCCACUCGUCCCUGUUCCCAGUGUCCCAGUCUGAGGUGACCCAGUCCCAUAUGUCCCAGUCCCAGGUUUCCCAGUCCCACUCGUCCCUGUUCCCAGUGUCCCAGUCUGAGGUGACCCAGCCCCAUAUGUCCCAGUCCCAGGUUUCCCAGUCCCACUCGUCCCUGUUCCCAGUGUCCCAGUCUGAGGUGACCCAGUCCCAUAUGUCCCAGUCCCAGGUUUCCCAGUCCCACUCGUCCCUGUUCCCAGUGUCCCAGUCUGAGGUGACCCAGCCCCAUAUGUCCCAGUCCCAGGUUUCCCAGUCCCACUCGUCCCUGUUCCCAGUGUCCCAGUCUGAGGUGACCCAGUCCCAUAUGUGCCAGUCCCAGGUUUCCCAGUCCCACUUGUCCCUGUUCCCAGUUGUCCCAGUCUGAGGUGACCCAGGUGUCCCACUCCCCAGUUUCCCAGUCCCACAUAUCCCUGUCCCAGUAUCCAGCUGAGACCGAGGGACACCCCUCCUGGGUUUGUGCCCAGUGGGGGGGACCCCCCCCCCCGAGCUGCCCCAGCACCGUCCUCACCCAAACCACCCCUCGGUGCUGGGUCCCACGGGGGGGGGGGCUCAGCCCACCAGCCCCCAGUCCCCCCCCCCAGGGAGCAGGGACCCACGCCAGCCCACAGGGGUGGG